CUCCCGCCUCAAUCACAGUGACAGAGUCCCGCAGAAGGAAAAGCAGCUUCGGAGAAGAUGAUGGGAUACGAGCAGCGAUUACUAACGGCGGCGAAGAUCAUUCUCAACGCAGACGAGCAAGAUACCGCCGCCGCCGCCGCAGCCGAGUCUACCGUAGAACCUCGAGAAAUCGGGGUUGAAGCGACCUUGAAGCCUCACCAGGUGGAAGGUGUUGCCUGGCUCAUACGGAGGUACCUUCUUGGCGUCAAUGUUGUUCUAGGGGAUGAGAUGGGGUUGGGGAAAACGCUGCAAGCUAUAUCUUUCCUUAGUUACUUGAAAGUUAUGCAGAAGUCGCCUGGCCCAUUUUUGGUGUUGUGUCCUCUAAGCGUGACAGAUGGUUGGGUGUUGGAGAUGGCCAACUUCACUCCGAUGCUUAAAAUCCUUAGGUAUGUUGGUGAUAAAGAACAUAGGCGUUCUUUGCGAAUGACAAUGUAUAAGCAUGUAGAAGAACAGACUUCUUCAUCUAAUGUAACAUUGCCUUUUGACGUGUUGUUGACGACUUAUGAGACUGCAUUGAUGGACCAAGAUUUUCUCUCUCAAAUCCCAUGGCAAUAUGCAGUUAUUGAUGAAGCUCAAAGACUGAAAAAUCCUUCCAGUGUCCUGUAUGGUGUUCUUAGCGAUCGCUUUCUCUUGCCAAGGCGACUGUUGAUGACUGGCACUCCCAUUCAGAAUAAUCUCACUGAACUUUGGUCUUUGAUGCAUUUUUGUAUGCCUUCGGUAUUUGGGACGCUAGAACAGUUCCUUUCAACAUUCGAGGAAGCUACUCAUUCUAUGACAGUCAAAGAGCAGUUUAAGUCUCUAAAGCAGAUAUUGAAAGCCUUCAUGCUUCGGAGGACAAAAGCUAAGCUUAUUGAGUGUGGAAACCUCAGGCUGCCACCGCUGACCGAGAUUACCGUGAUGGCUCCGUUGGUUAGCCUGCAAAAGAAGGUUUAUACUUCACUAUUGAGGAAAGAGCUUCCGAAGCUUCUUGCACUAACAUCUGCAGCUUCUAAUCAGCCAUCAUUGCAGAAUAUUGUGAUACAACUAAGAAAAGCAUGUAGCCACCCUUACCUUUUUCCUGGAAUUGAGCCUGAGCCCUAUGAAGAGGGUGAACACUUAGUUCAGGCCUGUGGGAAACUCUUGAUUCUGGAUCACAUACUUCAGAAGCUACAUGCGUUUGGGCAUCGAGUCCUGCUCUUUGCUCAGAUGACCAACACACUAGACAUUUUGCAGGAUUAUUUGGAGUUACGCAAGUACUCGUACGAGCGUCUUGAUGGUUCCAUUCGGGCAGAAGAGCGGUUUGCUGCAAUAAGAAGUUUCAGCCGGAAAUCGGGAAGCGAAAGUUCUGCAUCUGAUGAAAGCACUGCUUUCGUUUUCAUGAUUUCUACAAGAGCUGGUGGUGUUGGCUUGAAUCUUGUUGCUGCAGAUACUGUUAUAUUCUAUGAGCAAGACUGGAAUCCCCAAGUUGACAAGCAGGCCCUGCAACGAGCGCAUCGAAUUGGUCAAAUGAAUCACGUGUUGUGCAUAAACUUGGUUACAAGGCAUUCCGUGGAGGAGAUUAUUAUGCGAAGGGCGGAAAGGAAAUUGCAGCUUAGCCAUAACGUCAUUGGAGAUGAAACUGUAGAUCACACGGGAGAAGAAGCAACUGGAGCUGACAUUGGUGACAUGCGAUCCAUCAUAUUUGGGUUGCACAUGUUUGAUCCUUCUCCGGAUAUCCAUCGUGAAAAAUCAGGUGAACUAAGUGAGGAAGAGUUGCUUGCUGUUGCAGAAAAAGCAAUUGCUACCCGCCAUAACCGCGGACUGGGGAAGGAUGAUCAGAAAGUUGAGCUUAUUAAUCCAGUUGGGGAAGAUGCUGCUUUAGUCAACUAUGAUCCUGGUCUCGAUGAGGCAUCAUAUCUUGCUUGGGUUGAAAAGUUCAAAAAAGAAUCAGAAUCAACUUGCAGCCCAUUGAUCGAUUUAGAGAACAAGUAUAAUUUGAUCCAGGAGAGACAUGUUAGACUUGAGGAGGCAAGGAAGAAGGCAGAGGAGAAGAAGUUAGCAAAGUGGGAAGCCCAUGGAUAUCAUUCCUUGUCCCUCAAAGAUCCGAAUCCCCCUGAGAAUGGCAAUCUAUUGUCAGAUUCAGGUUCUGUUCAUUUUGUUUCUGGAGAUUGUACGCAUCCAACGCAAGUUUGCCAGUCCGAACCCACUAUCAUAUUCAGUUGUGUGGAUGAUUCUGGAAACUGGGGACAUGGAGGUUUGUUUGAUGCCCUGACUAGAAUUUCUCCUGCUAUCCCGGAGGCUUAUCAACGGGCUUCAGAAUUCGGUGACUUGCAUCUUGGGGAUCUGCAUUUCAUAAAAAUAAAUGAUGGAGAUAGUGGCAGUGGAGAGGGCAAUGAGCUGCAGUGGGUGGCAUUAGGUGUUGUACAGUCAUAUAAUCCCAGACGCAAAGUUCCUCGUAGUGACAUCUCCAUUCCCGACUUGGAAAGCUGCUUAUCCAAGGUAUUGUUUGCAGCAGCACAACAUUCUGCAUCAGUCCACAUGCCUCGAAUAGGGUAUCAGGAUGGAUCAGAUCGCUCGCAAUGGUACACCGUGGAGCGUCUGCUACGCAAAUAUGCUUCCGCUUACGGUGUAAACGUAUACGUGUAUUACUAUCGACGAUCAUCUUGAAGAUUUGCGUGACGUAAAUGUUGGGGGUGCUUCCUUUGGUUGAACUUACUUGUGUAUGUUAGUCCUCAUAUGGGUGUAGCCUAUAGGACAGUGUCUUCUUGUCUAUGCUUACCAAUGCAUCUGUAAAUCAGUCUGGUUAGGGUUGGAAUCAGUUGGGAACUCUCUGUUUGUGUUUAUUCCAUCAAUGUUGUUGUCUAGCUUAUUCAACACUCGAGUUUAUUGGCAUCUACUAGACUUACUCGAAAAAGCUCCAACCAAACUUCCCGAGCAUUUAAUUUUGUGAACUUUCAUCUUAAAAUAACAUGCAUUACUUUAGCUUUAAUUUAAAAGCUAAUAUCUAACUUGGAUGCAUGGGUUUGGUUGUGAAGGUAACUUAAUUUGUUAUGAUAAUUACUAAAUUAGAUGUCAUCCUUGCAAAUGGAGGCGAUCGACCUCUCAUUGUGAUCAUUACAUCAAUAUUCGUCACUCAAUACAAUGGUCAAUGGUAAUAAAACAUAUUGGUUGCUUUAUUAUCAAUCUACCAAUUGACAAAUAAAAUCAUGUCGGUUAAUUAAAUGGCCGUCAAUUUUGCAGUGAGAAUACCUUCUCCUCAUAGAGAGCGACCUUGGUGUCUGGAGAAUUCAAGAAUUUCAAAAGUCAUUAGCUUUGGGAUAAGGUGAAAUUUACGAUAAUUUAAUCCACGUGUUCUGUUGUGCAUUAUAUUUAUAAGUAUGAAGUUACACAAAAAUAGGUUACUUUUCAUUAUUUUAUGAAAAAUGGCGACGGAUAUUAAUAUGAGCACAUUUGUGCUUGUUUGAGAUCAAAGCGCGGAACUCAAAUCUCCCUCGACAAGGACUUGAAUUUGAUCAACUUAAAACAAAAGAAAAUGGAACAAAUGUGCAAUCUUUCACGUGGAAGAAGGCUCGAUUGGUUUGAGGUAAAGCUCGACCACGAUUGAUGUGGUUUCAAUCGAUACGAAGCAAGCUUGUUGCUGGAAUUCAACCAACACACAAGAAUUUGGUGACGAAGUCACAACUUUUCAUUCAAUCUUCUCUGCUUGUACACGAGGCUUUCAAGCCCUUAAAUAGACAACAAUUAUCCUAAUUAUAACUCUAACCAAACAAGGAAA